AUGACCUCGCGCCUGGAGAGUGUCAUUGCAGCAUCAAAGGCUUCCCAAGAAGAUCUCCGCAACGGGACUCCCUCUUAUUUACCAAGCAAUAAUGUCCAGCCACAGCGGCUCUCCGAGACUGCGGACCGUCAUUAUACCCAUUCUUUAGCAGCCGAUCAAGACAUUCUCGAUAAUCUACAACCAGGAUCAGACAAUUACUUCUCAACCUCUGGUGUAACGAAUUCCAUCAGUGUUGAGCCUAUACCGUCACCUGAUUCAGAGCAAGAUUGGGGAUCUUGGAUCGGCCUGGACGAUGGAAAUGACCUUUCCAGCGCAGCUUGCUUCUCCAACGAAUGCCAUCCGUUAUUCGAUCUCGUCCCCUCACUAGGACUCACGCACACCGAGCCAGACGUGCCCCUGACUCUGCCAGGAGAUCCCGUUCCAGAUACAAUCUCACCGGGGGAAAUGUUUGCAGGGGGAAGCCCAGAACUACUGAUCUCCGCUGCAGGAAGCGACUCGUCUGUGAUGAGCGCCAGAGGCAAAGUGAGAUCGCAUGACUUUGACGAUCAGGACGAAGAACACGUAGACAGUAUCACGAAGAAUCUCACAAGCCGCCUGGGACGCUUACAGAUUGCUGAAGACGGCCAGCCUCGCUACUACGGAGCCACCAGCAACCUGCAUCUUCUACAUCGUGGACCGUCGUCCUUGUGUCGACCCAACCUCCGAACGGUGGUGACGCACGGCGAGGCAGCCAUCGCCCGAGCCGGCCUGCAGUGGAAGGGAGACGCCGAGUACGAAGAAACUCUGGUGAACCUGUUCUUUUCAUGGCACAAUGCCCUGAUGUACGUUGUGGAUAAACCCAUCUUCUUCAAGGAGCGACAGCAAUUUCGCUCGGGACACUAUACGAACCUGUACUCUCCCGCCCUGGAAAAUGCCAUAUACACCAUUGGCGCCGCAUACACCGAUCGUGUCCAUCCCGAUGUGGACGGUCCCACGGACGAGUUCUUCGGCUUUCGAACAAAGGCUCUCUUGGACAUUGAAAUCGAUAGUCCAACCAUUGCCACCGCCCAAGCACUGCUGGUGCUCUCGUCGCACGAGGCUGCUCAUGCGCGCGACUCCCGCGGCUGGAUCUAUUCCGGAAUGGCAGUGCAGAUCCUGUCGGAUCUCGGUCUACAUCUGAAUCUGGCGCAGGACUUUUCAAAGUUCCACAACACAAACAGUAGCGCCGCCGAGGUCGCGUUGCUGCGGCAGAACCUGUUCUGGUCUGCCAACACGAUAGACACGCUGUGGGGUGCCUAUAGCGGACGGCCCUCGCUGAUGAAGCGUCUCGCCCACAACAUACCAGGCCCGAUGCCGUCGGCCAAUUACGCCUGGGAGUAUUACACCGACGAGUACAGCACCAUGAAUUUCCCAAAGGACUUUGACUUCCACGCCGCGGCGCACGUCCACGCGUACCUGGCCAAGCUGAUGGCCGUCUUUGCCCGAGUGUCGGAAGUGCUAUACUCUGGCGUCCCUGACGUGCAGGAAGACAUUGAGAAGUUCGUCGUCAAGUCUGAUGCCGACCUUCAGGAUUGGCUCAGUUCCCUGCCCCCGGCCCUCCGCGUCGACUACUCGUCCUCCAAAUCGCGGACAGCCAUCUAUCUCCCCGCCGUCCUCGAACUACACCUCAUCUUCAACGAAUGCGUCAUCCUCUUGCACCGGCCACUCAUCGCCGUCGACGAAUCGUCGCGACUGUCCAUCUCGCCCACGCACCGAAACGCCGCCCAAUCCUUCUCCAAGUGUGUCCAGGCGGCGCAGCGCGUCUGCCAGCUGCUGACCAUGUUCCGCCAGCGGUACGGCCUCCGCCGGCCGCACCACCAAAUGGUUCACGUCACCAUGACGGCGGGGCUCAUCCACGUGUUUCAAAUGUGCAUUACCAGCACGGGGAGCGCCGAGAACCAAAAGGCCCAGCAGUCGUUCGUCACAUGCAUCCAGAGCCUGGGGGAGAUGGGCCAGACGUACAAGAGUGCGUCGCGUGCCCUCGAUGUCAUCACCUCGCUUGGGCAGAGCUGGCAGCACGACGACUUUGCCGGGCGGCGGGUGAAGUGGCCGAAGCUGCAAUGA